CUCGACGCUAAAACAUUUGUUUCAGAAUAAUUUACAAAAGAGACUAUCAGUUACCAUGGCAACAAGACUCGGAUUCGCUGUACUGGCCCUUCUAGUGCUGGCAUCUCUUCCUCAAGAUUCCGAGGCGGGGCUGAUCAGAACGUGUUUUGACACCCUAGCGACCUGCAACGCGUUGAUCAAUUCAGUACCUAGCUUACCUGGCCUGUCCAGCUUACCAGCAUUACCCGGCGUACCUGUGUCUCUGAGCGCCUGCCAGAACUUCUGUGCUCUAAAAGGAGCAACAGGCGGCAUCUGUACUGCCAACGACUGCUCCCUCACUCUUGGUCUGUUGACGGGAGCUUCAUGCACGUGCAACUAAACAUGAAGGCGGACACCAUCGAUGAAGAUAGACGAUAAGGGGAAAUAAACUACUACAUAGCAGUUUAAAAAGUACAUUAAAUUUGUCUCAAAUUAAUAAUUCAGAAAAAAAAACUAUAAUCAAGAAACAAAAGUAGAUUAAAUAAUGAAAUAAACGUUAACAGUGUU